UGUCUUUUCUCCAAGUGAGUUUGGCAGUAAAAGGACUGUCACUGUGAACGGAUGAGACAGGAGUCUCCUUCACUGGCUUCCAUUGCUGCUGCUGGCUCAGGGCCAGGAGAACAGGCAGCUCCCUUCCGGAGUUGCUACACCUUCAGAUUGGGACAUCCUUCCUCAUUUGCAAACCUCAGCUGUGUCUGGGGGCAGGGCUUCCGUGGAGCUGCCAGGAGCAGAAAGAAAGGCUCCCAAGUAAUAGUGCUACAUCACAUGUCAGAUGUAAGGAAACUGCGGGCAGAUCAGCUGGGAUGUGCCAGUUACCAGAAGGCUCCCUCCCCAAAGGAAGCUGAAGAUCAAAGCUGACGUUUUCUUUCCUUGGUAAAUUUUGCAUGGUUUGGCGCCUAAAGCACAUCUGAGAACAGGUAAUUGCAGUACAUUUUUCAUUGGGUUGUGAUGAAGAUUCAAUGAGUUAUUGUACGUGAAGCAAUUAGCAUAUGAUUGGCAUGAGGAAGGCAUUUGGUAAAUGGAGCUGACAAGAUUUCCCUGCAAGGACCAGAAACAUGACCUGUGCCAUCGAGAAGGCUGCCGUGCUGGAUGGGGCUCAUUUGAUGCAGAUCUCCUGGAAUGAGGGUGGAGAGUCUCUCUACCCAGCCGUAUGGCUGAGAGACAAUUGCCAGUGCCCCGACUGCUACCUGCAUUCUGCAAAAGCACGGAAACUUCUCAUGGAAGCUCUUGACGUGAACAUAGGUAUUAAAGGCUUGACGUUUGACAGAAAAAAGGUUUGUAUCACGUGGCCAAAUGAGCAUUACAGUGAAUUUGAAGCUGACUGGCUGAAGAAAAGAUGCUUUUCACAGCAGGCCAGAGAAAAACUGCAAAGAGAAUUAUUUUUGCCAGAACGUCAGUACUGGGGCGCAGAGCUCCAGCUACCUACACUGGAUUUUGAAGAUGUUUUAAAAAAUGAUGAACACGCUUACAAGUGGCUCUCCAGCCUCAAGAAAAUAGGCAUAGUACGACUUACAGGAGCAUCUGACAAACGAGGACAAAUUUUAAAACUUGGGAAAAGGAUUGGUUUCCUUUAUCUCACAUUUUAUGGACAUACUUGGCAAGUGCAAGACAAAAUUGACGCAAACAAUGUGGCUUACACAACCGGGAAGCUAAGCUUUCACACUGAUUAUCCAGCCCUCCAUCAUCCACCUGGGGUUCAGUUUCUGCACUGCAUAAAACAAACAGUCACUGGGGGUGAUUCAGAAAUUGUAGAUGGGUUUAAUGUAUGCCGAAAGCUCAAGGAAAAAAAUCCUCGAGCAUUCCAGAUUUUGUCCUCCACUUUUGUGGACUUUACAGACAUUGGAGUGGAUUACUGUGAUUUCUCUGUACAAUCCAAACACAAGAUUAUAGAAUUAGAUGAUAAAGGCCAAGUGGUUCGCAUCAACUUCAAUAAUGCAACCAGAGACACGGCAUUUGAUGUAGCUGUUGAAAGUGUCCAGCCUUUUUAUGCUGCUCUGAGGGAGUUUGUUGACCUCAUGAACUGUAAGGAAUCCAAGUUUACUUUCAAGAUGAAUCCAGGUGAUGUGAUUACUUUUGAUAACUGGCGUUUACUUCAUGGCCGACGUAGCUAUGAAGCAGGAACAGAGAUAUCUCGCCAUCUGGAAGGAGCUUAUGCUGACUGGGAUGUAGUGAUGUCAAGGCUUCGUAUCUUAAGGCAGAGUAUCCAGAAUAGAAACUGAAUCACCUGUCUGUAAUUUCAGUAAGAUUCCAAUUAUAAGAUAUGGCAAGGUUGUCUUCACAGACCAUGGUCCAUGUCAUUUACAUAUUAAUUUCUUUCACAUUGAAUAUGUCACCUUUCUUGAAUGGGUUUUCUUUUCUUUGUAAUCACAUAUAAUGCCAACUUUUUAGAUGUUUUAGCAGUGUUCUUUCCAAAUAAAGCAUUUCUUCUGCUCUAUUGCAUGUAUGAUCUAAUUUCUUUUGCCUGUAUAGGAGAGUCUCCAGAAUGCCUACAAAUAGUUUUGUAUCAAAUAAAACUUUUUCAAACAAAGCCUUUUUUAAAUAAAGCUUUUGUUUCAAAUAAAGCUUGUGUUUCAAAUAAAACUUGUCUCAAAUAAAACAUGU